GGAGGACAUUUUAAUCCAGCUGUUACAUGGGCAGUAGCUGGUGCUGGGAAAAUGCCUUUUUGGCAUGUCCCAUUCUACUGGUUUUCUCAGCUUCUCGGAGCUGUUACAUGGGCGGUAGCUGGUGCGGGGAAAAUGCCUUUUUGGCAUGUACCAUUCUACUGGUUUUCUCAGCUUCUCGGAGGUUUCUGUGGCGCUCUCUAUGCAGCUCUAAUCAUGACUAAAGAUCAGCUCAACGACACUCACGCUGGAGCAACUUUGCUUAGCCCUACUAACAAGUGGUGGGAGGGUCUGGCAAGCGAAUCUGUUGUCACAUUUUUCCUAUGUCAUACCGUUCUUCUUACCGCUGCUGAUACAAACACGAACCUGCUCGCUCCAUUAGCUAUUGGCUUGACAUUAAGUAUUGACAUCCUGUCAACAGGAGCAAUAACUGGGGCGUCAAUGAAUCCGGCACGGUCGCUUGGUCCAAAUAUUGUAGGCCAAAUCUUCAAAACAACAAAGUUACCAGCACACUUCUGGAACUAUCAUUAUAUCUACUGGGCGGGCCCAUUCAUCGGUGCUACAGCAGCGAUAGUUAUCUACUGGUGA